UGUAAUACAAACUCGACUUAACUCGGCUCGACUAUCGUUCAAUACACUCACAACUAUGGAUUUUACUUUAAUUAUUCUCUUGGCGGUAGCAGCCUUAUCGCCCGCUACGGCAGUUGUUGAACCAAAAGCGGAAGAAAGUCGCAUUAUUGCCGAAUGUCUAAAGAGUUAUGGUGGUUUAAAUGAGGAGAAUGCAAAACGUUUGGUGCGUUACAAGGAGUGGUCUGAGAAGUCCGAAGAGAUACCCUGCUUUACAAAAUGCUACAUCAAACACAUGUUUGACAUGUUCGAUGAGUCUGUGGGUUUCAAAUCAGAACAGGUGAUCAGCCAAUUUGGUCAACCGCUCUACAAUGCUUGCCAACACCGGAUGGUGCCAUUGGCGGAUAAUUGCGAGCAGGCUUAUCAUGGAUUUCAUUGCAUUGUCAGCCUCGAGGAUGAUCCAUUUGUUCUAAUCGAAAGCAUCCAGAACAUUAGCAGCGAGGCGAAAACAGCCAUGAAGGAUUGUCUGCACCGCUUUGAUCAGUACGAAUGGGAACGCAUCAAGGAUUAUACGAAAAAUCCAGUACGUGAACCUAUACCUUGUUUCACCAAAUGCUUCGUUGAUCGCCUGCAAGUGUAUGACGCGAAAACACGCAGAUGGGAUAUACCGGCGCUAAGAACUAAAUUGGGUGUGCCUGCAGCGGGAGCGGAUAUACAGCAUUGUCUCCAGCGUAGACGUAACCGCAAUUCCUGUGUGUGGAUGUAUCAAGACUUCACGUGUUUUGGGCUCGCUCACGUUUAACUGGCAACAUGAAAUUUGAAACAUUCAAGCCAUAAGCAUUUGCUCGAAGCCUAACCAAAGUGCACGAAAAGUUAAUUUCAAUUGUUACAAUUCAUUCUAAUCACUUUACGAACAAAACUAUACAAGUAUAGUUUAACGAUUCAAAUCAAGUUAAGUAGUGAAUAAAUCUAUGAAUCAACGAAACAAGUUCAUGUAUGAGGGAAAGAAUUAAAAAAGUUGAGUAGUGAAUAAAUCUGUGAAUGAAAGCGAUUCAAUAGA